AUGGCUUCCUGCUACUGCCUUCUCCUUGUCCUCCUCACCACCUUUGUCUUCAUCUUCGUUGCGGCAGCGGGGCAGGACAACAAUAUCAUGAAGUCGUUUAAUCCGUCCUGCUCGAGGACGGACAACUACACCGACGGCAGCCAGUACAAGAAGAACCUGGACCAGCUCCUGGCUGCGCUCCCCACGGCGGCCGGCGACAACGGGUGGUUCUACAACGGCACCGCCGGGACGGGGGCCGACCAGGUGUUCGGCCUCAUCAUGUGCUACGCCGACCGCAACGCGACGCAGUGCAUGGAGUGCCUCGCCGGCGCGCCCGCCGGGAUCACCGCGCUGUGCCCGGGCAGCCGGAACGUGAGCGCGGCGUACGACGCGUGCGUGCUCCGCUACUCGACCACCGACUUCUUCUCCGUGGCCAGCCGCGACGAGGCGUUCUACGUCAUCUGGCACAGCACCGUCGACCAGGCAAGGCUCGAGGACGCGCGCUCCAGCCUGAUGAACCGGCUCGCCAGGACGGCCCCCGGCUCGCUGCUGUUCGUCGCGAACGAGAGCGCGCCGCUCGCCGGCUCGUCGGACUCGGUGUACGGGCUCGCGCAGUGCACGCGGGACCUGACGGCCAUCGAAUGCAGCUGGUGCCUCAACACGUAUAUCGCUCUGCUGCCGGGGAGGUUCCCGAACAACACCGGCGGCGCGCUCAAGGGGUACAGCUGCUACGUCAGGUACAGUAUCGGCGCCUUCGACAUCACCCUGCCGCCGCGCCGGACGGCGCCACCGCCGCCGACGGAUUCUCCGUCGGUCUCCACGGGUUUAGUGCGGCCCCAGGUGCGUCGCCACGGCGAAGAAGACGUGAUCCACGUCGUGCAGUGGCUUUGGGAAUGGUACGGCAGAGGAGCCAUCCUCGACGCCGCCGACACGCGGCUGAAGGGUGAGUUCGACGCCCGGCAGAUGGAGACGGUGAUGGUGGUCGGACUCUGGUGCGCGCACCCUGACCGGAGCCUGAGGCCGUCCAUCAGGCAGGCCGUCAACGUGCUGCGGCUGGAGGCACCGCUGCCAAGCCUGCCGGCGAGGAUGCCGGUGGCAACCUACAUGCCGCCGCCUGAUGCUUUAUACUACACAUCUUCCGUUACGACAGGCGGCAGCAGCAGCAGCAGCUCGGGCACCGGCACCACUCGGUCAAGCACGACAGAGACAUCUACCCUGCUCAAAUGA